UUUCUUAUGCUCGCUAUAAAUACACAUACACUUUCACUUGUUUAUUACUAAGCUAUACCGACAAGUUUUAUAAUUCUAUUGUCCCAAGAACUUGCUAAAAAGCAUGUGGGGAAAAAUAUGGAAAUUCAUUGGCAAUUUAAGUUGCUGUAAUGGAGUUUGUCUCUCUAAUGGAAUUCAAGUUGCGAGUGAGACGGUGCAUGGGGCGAACUUGGCUGCACAACAAGUGACUUGCGAUAUUGAAGUUUGUAAAGGAAUCCCUACUGCUGAGGAAAAGAAGACUGCCGAGCCUAAUAGUUCCUUUCUUCAUGCGGUCCUCAAUAUGACUGGAAUGCUCAUAGGUCUUGGGCAGUUAUCCACUCCAUAUGCUUUAGAAAAUGGUGGAUGGACAUCUGCAUUCUUGUUGAUUGGACUUGGUGUCAUAUGUUCUUAUAGUGCUCAUCUCCUCGGAAAAUGUCUUGACAAAAAUCCAAAGUCAAGAAGCUAUGUUGACAUUGGACAAAAUGCAUUCGGAAAAAAAGGAAGAGUUAUUACUGCAACUUUUAUCUACUUGGAAAUUUUCAUGGCCCUUGUUUCUUACACUAUUUCUCUCCAUGACAACUUAAUUAGAGUCUUUUUUGGAACAAAAUUAAACUUAUCAUGGGGUAGAUUAUCUACAUCUCAGAUGCUUACCGUGAUUGCCGUUUUAAUAGCAUUACCUAGUUUGUGGCUGAGAGAUUUAUCUUCUAUAUCUUUCCUUUCAUCUGGCGGUAUUCUCAUGUCACUUCUUAUUUUUAUAUUGGUGGCAUGCACCGCCAUCUUUGGAGGUGUUAAAGCAAACCAUACAAUUCCAGUGCUACAACUUGAUAAAAUUCCUUCCAUUUCUGGCCUUUACAUUUUUAGUUACGCUGGCCAUAUUGUUUUCCCUGACUUGUACAAAGCCAUGAAGGAUCCAUCCAAGUUUACCAAGGUUUCAGUCGUAAGUUUUGCGUUAGUGACAUGCCUUUACACAGCUCUAGCCUUCAUGGGUGCAAAAUUGUUCGGCCCUGAAGUGAGUUCUCAAAUCACUCUCAGCAUGCCACCCCAUCUAAUCGUCACUAAAAUAGCUUUAUGGGCAACUGUGUUGACACCAAUGACCAAAUAUGCUCUUGAAUUUGCACCAUUUGCCAUUCAACUAGAGCACCAUCUCCUUGUUUCAUUCUCUUCCAAGACCAAAAUGAUCUUAAGGGGAACUGUUGGUUCUUUUUUACUUCUAGUGAUAUUAACCCUCGCUCUUUCAGUGCCAUAUUUUGAACACGUCCUUAGCCUUACUGGCUCUCUUGUUAGCAAUUGUAUUUGUGUCAUUAUGCCUUGUGCCUUUUACACAAAGAUCUGUUGGGCUCAAUUAUCUAAACCCUUUAUACUCCUAAACAUUACCCUAAUCACAUUUGGUUCUGUUCUUGGGGUAUUGGGAACAAUUGUCUCUUCAAAGUCACUUGUGCAAAAUCUACAGAGAUCAAUUCACGGGACAGGAUAAUGAUAAUCAUUGAAUUACAUAUUGCCGGAAGAAUCAUAUGUAGGAGUUUGAUUGAUGAUGAAGAUAUAUUAUAGUUUUUGUUGUCUACAAGUUUUCUAUGCAACUGUUAUGAAAGAAAAUAAAAGGCAGUCAAGAUAAUAUGCUUCAAGAGAACUCUUUUAUGUAAAUGCUGGUUGUAAUAUGGCAUAUACUUGAUAAAUUGAUUUGCCAUUACUUGUACAAGUUUUGAUUAUACUCAAUAACCAUGCUAUAUACUUAUAUUAGAUAGAAUCCCAAUUUUCA